AUGUCGAUGUUCUUCUUUCGUCUACAUAAUUUGCAACGUGAAGAAGCAAACAAGAAGAAGAAAAAGAUUGAAUUGCGUCAACGACGUGGUGCAAAAGUGUUUCGACGGGUCAGUCGUGCAGAUUUAAGCCAUCUAACGGCUCCAUCGAGACUGUUUGAAAAGACUCCGAUGAAUCCGAGCGAUAGUUUGGAUGAAAUUGCCCUGCAAAUACCAAGAGUACGGGUAGAAUAUUACGUGAAUGAAAACACUUUCAAAGAAAGACUGCAACUAUAUUUUAUAAAGAAUCAAAGAUCAAGUAACUAUGGUUGUCACCCUGGAAAUAAAACAGAAUUUCAUUUCUCAGCAACGUUACGUGAAGAAGAGUUUCAAGAGAAUCCGAUUAUUAAUUGGGAUGCGAUAUUGUGGGUAAAACGUCCACCAGAGCUAUGGGCUGUGCAAUUACUUCUAGCGAUGGUAUCUUUAACGGAAGCUCUUUUAAUCGCAUAUUUAAGCUACAAGGGAAAUAUAUGGCAGCAAAUACUUUCCUUCCACUUCAUUCUCGAGCUUGUUACAACAGUUCCCUUUGUAUUCACAAUCUUCUUUCCAUCCCUACGGCAUCUUUUCAUUCCCGUGUUUCUCAAUUGUUGGCUUGCCAAGCACUCGCUUGAGAACAUGUUUAACGAUCUUCACAGAGCAAUGCAAAAAUCACAAUCAGCGUUGUCACAGCAAUUAACCAUUCUGUCUGCGACAUUGUUGUGUUUGGUUUUCACCAGUGUUUGUGGGAUUCAACAUUUUCAGAGAGCGGGUCAUCGGCAUAUGAACCUUUUUCAAAGCACAUAUUAUGUUGUGGUUACGUUCUCAACGGUAGGAUAUGGUGACUAUGUCCCUGAUAUAUGGCCUUCUCAACUCUACAUGGUCAUCAUGAUAUGCGUCGCUCUCAUCGUUCUACCAACUCAGUUUGAACAACUGGCAUUCACUUGGAUGGAACGUCAGAAAUUAGGUGGAAGUUAUUCAUCACACCGUGCUCAAAGCGAGAAGCAUGUUGUUGUAUGCUCAACAACACUCCACGCCGAUACAAUAAUGGAUUUUCUGAAUGAAUUCUAUGCUCAUCCUUUACUUCAAGACUUCUAUGUUGUUCUUCUCAGUCCAAUGGAACUUGAUACCACCAUGAGAAUGAUUCUUCAAGUUCCUAUCUGGGCACAACGCGUGAUCUAUAUUCAGGGCUCUUGUCUUAAAGACGGCGACCUUAUACGUGCACGUAUGGCAGAAGCAGAAGCUUGUUUUAUUCUAGCAGCUCGUAAUUACGCUGAUAAAACAGCAGCUGAUGAACACACAAUCUUGAGAUCAUGGGCAGUUAAAGACUUUGCUCCAAAUGUUCCACAAUAUGUCCAAAUAUUCCGACCCGAAAAUAAGCUUCAUGUAAAGUUUGCUGAACAUGUCGUUUGUGAAGAUGAAUUUAAGUAUGCACUUUUGGCUAACAAUUGCACAUGUCCUGGUGCUUCAACUCUCGUCACACUUCUUCUGCAUACUUCAAGAGGCCAAGAGGGACAAAUCAGCAAUGAAUGGCAUCGUUUGUAUGGAAAAUGUUCCGGAAAUGAAAUUUACCACAUUGUACUGGGUGAUAGCAGAUUUUUUGGAGAAUAUGAAGGAAAAAGUUUUACCUACGCCAGUUUUCAUUCACAUCGGAAAUAUGGUGUUGCAUUAGUUGGAGUACGACCUGCUGAAUUACCUGAAUUUUAUGAAGACACGAUAUUACUUAAUCCGGGACCAAGACACAUUAUGAAAAAGGACGACACAUGCUAUUACAUGAGUAUAACAAAAGAAGAGAACUCAGCUUUUGUAGUUCAUCAGAAUCAAAAUAAUCAACAAGAUUGUCAAAAUAAAGAAGUUGCAACAUCAAAUAACAUCAACGAUAACCAGGCCCCAGUUCCAUCUGUGUGUGUUCGUGUGCCUCACAGUCCGAGUCUCGAUUCCGGUGAAAACUCAGUGCCCGGAUCUCCUGUGGAAAGAACACAAAAUGACUUUACAACUUUGGUCGUGCCAACAUUUACUGAAGGCGGUACUACACCAAACACUCUCAUCGUUACCGAUUCGAAGACAAACUUAAAAGAGGCAACAGGUGUAGCAACUACGACAACAACAUCGACCCUCGGGCCUCCUAGUUUGAGUUUGGGAAAUCAUCUUGAUAUACCUCAGAACAAUAAUCCAAACCUUCUAAGUCCUGAUGUGCUAAGUCAACGCAGAGGAAGCCGAAGGCCAUCAAUUCUCCCCGUUCCCGAUAUGUUUACGUCGUCUUCGUUCAGCAUUUCCGGUGAGGAUGGACUCGAGGGUGAAAACAACGAUGAAAGUGAAGACGAACUUGAUGAUCCAUGGCGGUCGCCAUCUGAGAAAAUUGCUAAUCGUAAGCCAUCAUCGACCAUGGACAGUAAUGAAAUGUUUCGAUUACAAAACUAUAAAUUCAUAAUGAGUUCAACCGAAGAUUCAAUUCAUAGUAGCUCGUCAUGUGAUAGUAAUUCUGAUUCAAGUCAUUCGACUCCCGCAUGGCAUGCCGAAUGUUUGCGGAUCGUGAAAGGAUUUCCACCUGUAUCACCAUUCAUCGGUGUUAGUCCCACACUUUGUUAUUUACUUAAGGAGAAAAAGCCUUUGUGUUGCUUACAAUUAGCUCAGGUUUGUGAACACUGCAGUUACCGUAAUGCUAAAGAAUAUCAAUGGCAAAAUAAAACAAUCAUUCUGGCGGCUGAUUAUGCUUCAAAUGGCAUUUAUAACUUCAUCAUACCAUUACGUGCACAUUUUCGAUCAAAAACAUCAUUGAAUCCUAUCAUUUUGCUGCUUGAGAGACGACCAGACAUUGCAUUUCUCGACGCUAUUUCGUACUUUCCACUGGUUUAUUGGAUGCUCGGAUCGAUAGAUUGUCUCGAUGAUUUAUUACGAGCUGGAAUAACACUUGCCGAAAAUGUUGUUGUUGUCAAUAAAGAGAUUUCCAAUUCAGCUGAAGAAGAUACGCUGGGCGAUUGCAACACAAUUGUAGCUGUGCAAACAAUGUUCAAAUUUUUUCCAACCAUUAAAAGUAUUACGGAAUUGUCACAAAGCUCAAACAUGCGAUUCAUGCAAUUUCGAGCACAUGAUAAGUAUGCUCUUCACUUGAGCAAGAUGGAGAAGCGUGAAAAGGAACGUGGAUCGCAUAUAUCGUACAUGUUUCGAUUGCCGUUUGCUGCAGGUUCUGUGUUCAGCGCAUCAAUGCUUGACACACUUUUAUAUCAAGCUUUUGUUAAAGAUUAUGUUAUCACAUUUGUGAGACUGCUUUUAGGUAUCGAUCAAGCACCUGGAAGUGGUUUUCUAACAUCGAUGAAAAUCACAAAGGACGACAUGUGGAUUCGUACAUAUGGACGACUUUACCAAAAACUUUGCUCAACGACAUGUGAAAUUCCCAUCGGAAUUUAUCGCACACAAGAAACAACGAAUUUGGACGCAUCACAUGUGAGUAACUCGCCCCUUAAUUCGCCAUUUAGUUUUGGUGGAAUGUUUGGAAAACAUAAAGAUUGCGUGCGAUUGCAACCAGCGUAUGAUGUGGAAUGUACGGCGAGUGGAAAGGCAAGAAGUGGAGCCGAAUCAAGUUUAAAGCCUGUAACAUAUCGUCCACAACAAAUAAGAAAAUCUACUUCAUGCUUGGGCAGAUGCUCAGAACGCAGAGGAUCAGCAUAUUCGAUUAACAUGGUUGAUGAAGCUCGCGACAAUCACGCUCAGCAAAUUGAACGAGCUGAGAUUGGGAAUCUUGUUCGUAGUCGAAUGGAGUCGCUAAACCUCCCAAGUAAUGACUAUGAUGAAGUCAGUGAGAAAAGGAAUCAUUUGUCUUAUGUCAUUAUUAAUCCAUCAUGCGAUUUGAAGUUAGAAGAAGGCGACAUUAUUUAUCUUGUGAGGCCUUCUCCAUUUUCAGCUCAAAAGACAUUCGAGAGACACAACUCGAGACGUAAAUCUAACAUUUCCUUCUGUUCGAAUAUUAAUCUUGCUGCUGCUAGUGCUGGUGCAUCGAAUUCGAGACGUGGAUCAGGAAUUGGAAUGAAUUCGAUGAGCGGUGGACAAAUGCAAAGUGGUUAUCCAAGUCCUCGUGCACCACCAUUAGUGAACCAAGCAAAAUCAAAUUCACUUUCACUUCCAGACAGUCCACAGCAGGGUGGCCAGUGUAGGGGGCGUAGCAACUCACUGAGAAUUGACAAUGACGUUUUACUAAGAAGAUCUAGCUCUCUAAGACAAGGACUACCUAACAUAGGAAUGAAUACAGGACGAAGAAAAUCUUCACUUGAAGAAAUCGGAAUAAGCCAUUUUACAACUUUGAUGCAAGCCAGUAAUCACUCGAAUCCAAUUAAAUUCUCACUCAACGGAAGCAUCGGUCUUGAGGUGACACCACCAGAAGAAGCGACACCAUGUUCGAUUGGUGUACCAUGUAUGAGCAGCGGAAUAAACCCAGCAAUGGGUGGCUCAUCGAUGGGUCUCAAUCAACAAAAUGACAUGCACACAACCAUACAAAUAAAUUCACCAGACCCUUCAUCCCAAUCCGGUCCUCAAUCUCAACAUCAACAGCAUUUACAAGGAACGAUUGUAUGAUAUAACUUGAUGUGGGGACGUAGACGAUCCUCCAUCCGUUCCAACAAGUGGAUUUAGUCACCACAGUCACGUCAUCACCUUUCUACUAAUUUUCAUCAUGUAUAAAAGAAGCACAAAAACUUCGUCAACUCAAUUAUCAAAGCAAAACGUGGUCCAAUAUUGAGGAUAAUGAUUUUUUAUUUAAUUUUUCGCUCUCUUUUAUGUUGAUGAAAAUAUUUAAGCAUGCCAGUGAUAUUUCAACCAAUUUCAAGUUUUGAAUACAUUUCCAAUAAUUUAAACAAUGGAGGUUUAUAAAUUUGUAUAAUAAAACGAUUAUUAAGUAUCUUUAAUUUUGUAAAAAUAUAAAAGUGAGACCUUUAUCAAGGUGAGGGAAAUAAAAAUUUAGAUACUUUAGGGGGCUGUUAAUAGAGAAACAAGCUUAUUAUGUGUGGGCGUGAAAUCACAAAUGAGACAUUUUUAUUCCAUUUAAUAAGGAAUAAAUUAAAAUCUUUUAAAAACGAACAAGAGAAAAGUCUUUGUGAUUUAAGUAAGUGUAGAUAUAUAUCCGAUUUUACCUCCAAUAAAUUUGAUAAAAACUUAGAAUGCCCCAUGAUUCUAUUGCUGUUUAUAUUUAUUGGAAAUCACUUUAAAAAUAUUUAAAGUUGAUUACAGUUCCACAGGACGAACUUUUAUAAAAGAAAAAGAAGAAUUUUCUAAAUUAUUCAAGGCUUUACUUACAUCUUAAACGUUAAUUAAUCUUCGUUGAAAUGACCAAGAUUACUUAAAUAUCAAGGAACUUACAUUGCAUGAGAUCAAUUCUCGUUUUCUUCAAAGCUUUAAAUGAUUUUUGAUAUCAAUAUUUAGUUAUGACUUACGAAAAAUUUUAUGAAUUAAAAUAAUUUUAUUUUUAACACCUAAAAGUUUUUAAUAUUAGCUCACCUUCUAAGGCUCUAUCAAAAAAAUUAGUUUAAAAUCUUAGAAAAUUUCUGAAAGAAAUGUGAAUGUUGAAUAGAGUUUUGUAAAAUUUAUCCUAAAGUUAAUAAAUUAGAAACUUUAGAAAGUUUAUGGAAAGAAAUAUCUAAUUAAAAGAUUCAAAUAGUUUUACAUGUUAAGAACCAAAAAUUGUAUGAAGUAAGAGACGCUUUGGUAUAUUCUCGCUUUACAAAUCAAAAGUAAACUGAACCUGCAGGAAAUUCAAUCUGCAUAAAGUUGAAAAGAAAAAUUAUAAAUUUGAGAUUUUGUUAUGUUCUUCAUUAUUAUGUAUAAUUUAUCAAAAAAGAAAUCUGAUAUAAUGUUGAAGGAUCGCGUCCAUUUAAAAGUGAAUAAAGAGAUUUAUAAAAAGCUCAUUUGAAAUCAAAUCAGAGAAGCUAUCUGUAAGGAAAAUAAUUUAAAGUUUUAGAAAAAGGCCUUCACAAUUUUGUACAUAUUUACUCUAAGACAUGUCAAACACAAACCACAUCAAUUCCCUUUCGAAAUCACUUGAACCUUGUAGAUCACAUCUUAGGACAACAAUUAUGUCUUUAUCAAAGGCCUUAUCAAGCAUAAAUUAUGAACAAUACUCAAACUAUCAUUUAAUCUUUGAUCGUCUCCAGGAAAAUAAUCAAUGUAAGUAAAUUUCGAAAUGAAUUUCGUUUAAAAAUGACGAUACACAAAAUUAUUACCGACAAUUAUAAAUGAAGCUUAAUCAUGUAUAAGAAAUGGUAAUCAAUUAACUGAAAUAAUUAAAAUAACUAUCUGUUUCAUGGAGAAAUCUUUAUUAAUUUAUAAUAUUGUGAACUAUAAAGAAUAGAAAAUAAAAGGAAAAGUUUACAAAUUAUUUUAAUAGAAGUUUUGAUUGAAUUUAUUUAAAAAUUUAUUUCAGC